UGCGCCGCUGGCGUCGGCGUCGACCGCCCUGGUGGUCGACAUCGUGAUGACGUACUACGGGCCGGUCAACGUGAUCUACCUGACGGUGAACGAGAGCAGCCCGGCCAGCCUUCUGCUGCAGCUGUGCGAGUUGCUGGCCACCACGCCGCUCCAGGGCCUGGUCUUCGAGGAGGAGAGGCCCCCGCCGCCCACGCGGGCCCCGCUGGCCCCGAUGCUGGAGUUCGUCUCGGCCCAGACCGGAGUGCCUGUCAUGGCCGUGGGAGGAGGGGCCAGCCUGGGCAGGGAGCCACAGGAGAGUGGCUCCAUCUACCUUCAGUUCACCUGCUCCACGGCCAUGCAGCUGGAUGUGAUCUUCGAGGUGUUGGAGGAGUUCGACUGGACCUCCUUCUCCGUGGUGACCACCCGUCACCAUGGGUACGAGGACUUCCUGGCCAUGGUUGAGGCCCUAACGGACGGAUCCUUCAUUGGCUGGGAGAAAAAAGGUGUGGUCAUGCUGAACGUCACAGAUGACCCAGGAGGGGCGCGAACGCGCAGGCAGCUCAAGGAGAACGAGGCACAGGUGCGUCUACUCUACUGCUCGCAGGAGGAGGCGGCUCUGAUCUUCAAGGCGGCCUGGGCCGCAGGUCAAGCCGGCCACUCACACAUGUGGUUUGCGGUGGGGCCCGCUCUCUCCGGCCUGGGCCUCGAGGGCCUCCCCAAGGCCCUGUUCGCCGUGCGGCCGCAGGGCUGGCGGGACGUACCACGCCAGAGGAUUGCCAAAGGGGUUUCAGUGUUGACCCACGGAGCCAUGGCUUUGAGGAAGGAGUACGGUUGGGCCCGAGGGCCACACUACUUCGCCGGCAACUGCCAGACAGAUGGUAACCAGACACAGAGGGUGCCCGACAGGAUCAGGUUCUUUAGUAACAUUGUGCUGAGUGGGCGGGACUACUCAUUCAACAGCGACGGCUACCUGUCCAAUCCGGUGCUGGAUGUGAUCUCCUACUCCGAGGGAAAAGGCUGGGAGGAGGUUGGCACGUGGCAAAAUGGGGUCCUGGACCUCAUCAUCCAGCCCUUUUCUCGCUACGGCUCCUUCCUCAAGCCGCUGGACGACACACAGCACCUGAAAGUGGUCACCCUGGAGGAGAGGCCUUUUGUCAUUGUUGAGCCUGCCGACCCGGGCACCAACUCUUGCAUCCGGGACUCGGUUCCCUGCCGACUACCACUCAACGCCACCAAUGUGCCGGCAGAUGAGAAAUCGUCAAAGCACUGCUGCAAAGGUUUCUGCAUCGAUGUCCUCAAGCGAUUGGCCAAAAUAGUGGGCUUCUCCUAUGAUCUCUAUCUGGUGACCAACGGCCGACACGGGAAGCGGGGGAGUGAUGGGCAGUGGAACGGCAUGGUCGGGGAGGUGGUUUACAAACGGGCCGACAUGGCCAUUGGCUCCCUGACCGUCAACAAGGAGAGGUCAGAAGUCGUGGAGUUCUCCGUGCCCUUCGUGGAGACGGGCAUCAGUGUCAUGGUGUCCCGUAGCAAUGGCACCGUCUCGCCGUCGGCCUUCCUUGAGCCAUACAGCCCCGCUGUCUGGGUGAUGAUGUUCGUCAUGUGUCUGUCCGUGGUCGCCGUCACCGUUUUUAUCUUUGAGUUCUUCAGCCCGGUUGGCUACAACCGCAGCCUGCAAAGUGCGAAGAAGACAGGUGGUUCUAAAUUCACCAUAGGAAAGUCCAUCUGGCUUCUGUGGGCGCUGGUUUUCAAUAACUCUGUGCCCGUGGAGAACCCCAGAGGAACCACCAGUAAGAUUAUGGUGCUGGUGUGGGCCUUCUUUGCUGUCAUCUUCCUGGCCUCCUACACAGCCAACCUGGCUGCCUUCAUGAUCCAGGAGGAAUACAUUGACACAGUGUCAGGUCUCAGCGACAAGAAGUUCCAGCAGCCCACUGAACAGUACCCCCCACUCCGCUUCGGCACCGUCCCCAACGGGAGCACGGAGGAGAACAUCCGCAGCAACUACGCCAACAUGCACAACUUCAUGAUCCGCAACAACCAGAAGGGGGUGGAGGAGGCCAUCGACAACCUCAAGACUGGUAAACUGGAUGCCUUCAUCUAUGACGCGGCCGUUCUUAACUACAUGGCCAGGAAGGACGAGGGCUGUAAAGUGAUGACCAUUGGCUCGGGGAAGGUGUUUGCAACUACAGGAUACGGCAUCGCUCUGCAUAAGAAUACCCGCUGGAAACGACCACUGGACUUGGCCCUGCUGCAGUUAGUGGGAGACGACGAGAUCGACAUGCUUGAGCGCCUGUGGCUCUCGGGGAUCUGUCACAACGACAAGAUUGAGGUGAUGAGCUCCAAGCUGGACAUUGACAACAUGGCUGGCGUCUUCUACAUGCUGCUGGUGGCCAUGGGGCUCAGUCUGCUGGUGUUUGCCUGGGAGCACCUGGUCUACUGGAAGAUCAGGCACUGCCUGGGCCGCUCCGGGGGCAUGGACUUCCUACUGGCCCUCAGCAGGGGUAUGUACAGUUGCUGCAAGUUUGAAGAUGAAACGAUCUCCGGAGGCCUCAAAAGCACCCUCCCCCUGUAUCAUAGCGUUCCCGCGAUGUCGCCGCCACCGCCGCCGCCCACGUCCCACAUCUCGGCAGCUGUGACGUGUAACACCACCCUUACUAUGGUGCAACAGCAGCAGAUGCAUCACCAUCACCAGCAGCAGCAGCAACAACAGCAGCAGCAGCAGCAGCAGCAGCAGCAACAGCAGCCAGUAUACAGCAUGCUCCCUUCUGGAUCCCCUCCCACCACCGGGCACUCUGCGAUGGCGCUCGGGCCUUCAAACAGUCCCCUUUUGGAGGGCCCUAUGCCCUGUACCACGUUCCUGCCUCGCCAUGACCGCAGAUUGGCUGUUGUAGACCGCUGGAACCGCCCCAAGCCCAGCGCAGAGAAACCUAUCGGUGGGAGCGGUGGGAUCCAGGACAUGUCACCAUUUCAGCAGGGCCUGCCCCCUCAUUGGGCAUCGGGAGCCGGUGGCGGGGACAAUAGCCUGGAUGAAUACAAGCGCUACUACGGCCCGAUCGACCCAGAGGGCUUGGGGUCAAACGGCGAGACGCAGAUAGGUGGCUCCCAAACCCCUAAAACAAACCAGAGAGGGACAAAGUCCUCAGGAAUGCCACGGCCACCUCCUAAAGCGCUACCUCCCGGGCACCUCAUGUCCAAGCCCUCACUUCAGCUCUCCUCAUCCCCGCGUCGGGCGCCGUUUUGGCGGAGAGGUAGCCUCCCUAAAAGAAAGGGCUCGGGGGGCCCUCUGUAUGAGAAUAUCCUCCCCCUGGGGAGACGUGGGGGUGGGCGCUACGGCGCAAGGGAUGUAGGCGGCAGGCAAGGCCGUCGCCCUCCCCCACUCCCGUUGCCCGUGUCCGUCUCGUCCCCUACCCAUACCACCCCUACCACCCCCUCCUACACCUCCAGCUCCUGCUCGUCCACCUCAUCCAGCACGUCCUCAUCCUCUGUGUCCCUCUCGCGCUCGCACUCCCCCUCAUCCUCCACCGCCUCGUACACCUCUUCGCAGAGUUUCAAGUACAGGGCCGGUAGCAGGGAUGUCGAGGACCUCUACGACUCUGACGAGCUGACGGAGGAGUCAAGCCUACUUUUAGGACGGAGAAAGAGCAAGUCCCGACAAAUGUCCUCUCGCUCACUGCCUUGCACUCCACCCCCUCCGCCUGUGCCACCCCGCAAACCUCGUCUGCAGUAUGAAAGGGAGAGGGCCGGGAGCCAGCUAGCCCAGCUGCAGGAGUGGUGGGCCUCCUGGGGAGAGAGAGAAAGGCGCAUAGGAACAGGAACCAGGGCCGAGGGGAAGGACGAGAAGCGGCACCACAAAGAGAGAGAAAGGGAGCGAAAGAGGAGGAAGAGAGGCCGGAAGAAAAAGAAGAGGGAGGAACGGGAGAGAGAACGAGAGCGCAAGCGGCGCAAAGGGAAAAAGAAGCGGAAGAAAGAGGAGAAGGUGAAGAGACGAGACCGGGGCAAGCGAUCGGAGCAUGAGGAGGGGGAGGUGGAGAAGAGAGAGGAGCUCAAAGCGAUUACACAGGACGCCUACUCCUAUCCCGCCCCGCGGCGAGACUCCAUGCGUAAAAAGAGCGAAAGUUCUAUCAGAAGUUACGGAUGGGAUAUUCCAAGGGAAAUCCCAAGAGACGAAGAAAGGAGAGAACGAGAGGAUAAGGACGAUGGAGAGGAACCUCGAGCCAAGGAAAGGCACCGAAGUCCGCAUUCUCGCCACCGACAUCCAGCAAGGCCUUCUAGUUCCAGCAAGCAGUACCAGAGCUCCAGUAAGCCCUCAGCUUCUGUGAAAUUCUGGGGAGCGGGGAACCCAUCCUCAGAGACUCCUUCAUCAGCAUUUCUGCCCCUGAUCCCGCUCUCAUCCAGACGCAGGAGUAAGGGUUCAGAUAGAGAGGCCCUCUGCAAAGAAGGUGAGAAGCGUCCCCUGUUGGGUCGGAACGAAAGAGGGGAGGUGCAAUCCAAAGAGGGUCUGUCGCUUCACGAGUGGGAUUCUGAAGACGAGGAUGAAGAUUCUGAGGAGGAAAGGAGAAAAGCGGAGCAAGAGAAGCGCCAUGAGAGACGUAGGAGAACAGCGUCCGAGUCUGAAAGGGAGCGAGACAAGGUGGCGGACAUCUACACGGAUGACGACGGCUCCUCCGGAGAAUUUGGAAAGUUUGAAAGAACCGCCCCACCACCACCACUGUAGCGGCCCUUCCAGCGCUGUUCUCUGUCCUCUGACCCCGCCGGGGUCUUUUCGCCACAGUGUGUCCGGGGCGGCCAUGCACUGUGUCACCGCGUGGGAACCGUUGUGCCGUACUGGGUCGGGACACACAUGGCGGUCACGUUGGGCCGUCACUCGCCACUGGAAAGACAAUACUGUAACGACAAUACUGUGCUGUACUGCAAGCAGAACAGAAUAAAAAAUGA